UUUGUCAUUUCCCAUCAUGCUUGAGUGCUGUUCCCUGGAAUUUGGCAAUGGAUUGCUGAUAGAAGGGGGGGGGGCUCAGUGGGGGAAAGUCCCAUGGCCUUGCUAUUAAGAGGCUGGCUGGCUUUUCUGGCAUCCCUGAGCCACAAGCUUGGAUGUCGGCCACAGAACAUCUUGUUUUUCCUGAGCGCACUUCUUCUCUUGUUGGAUACAUCUCUUGUUGGUCCACCAAGAUUGUCUAAGAAAGCAGAGGGCACCACUGGAGAGCCAAAGGAUGAACCCCUCCAGAGAGAAGAUCACCAUGAACGUGGGCGGAGUCCGCUAUGAGACCUCCCCCAGCACCCUCCGGGCUUUCCCAGGGACCAAGCUUUGCCGCCUCACGGAGCCCCAGGCGGAGACUCUCUUUGACUAUGACUCCAGCUCCAAGGAGUUCUUCUUUGACCGAAGCCCCCAGCUGUUCAGCGCAGUGCUGGACUACUACAGGACCCAGCACCUCCACUACCCUGCAGAUACCUGCAAGUCUACGUUUGAGGAGGAGUUGGCAUUCUGGGAGAUCGGCCAUGUGCCCGUGGCUCCCUGUUGUUGGUGGAAGGUGGCAAAUGCAGCGUCCAGGCAGGCCGAGGGCCCUCUCUGGGAUGAGAGAAUUGAGACUGAGAGCCAGGCUCUCCUGGUCCCGGUGGAAAGAAGGAAUCUCAGCUGGCGGGCCAGGCAGCAGCCCAAGAUCUGGGCUCUCUUCGAAAAACCUUUCUCUAGUUGGCCUGCAAAGUGCCUGGCUAUUGUUUCUCUGCUCUUCAACAUUGGCAUAGUCAUCGUUUUUGAGGAGAAGAGUCGUGCCCAAAUAUACUACCGCUAUCCCACGGUAGUACGUGAUGAAUUUGAAAAUAUGACACACCAUGAAAUCCGCAUUGCCUUCUGCCAGCCAGCUAAUAACUUCCUGUACAUGGAGCUUUUUUGCGUCCUCUGGUUCACAUUUGAGUUUUCCAUGCGACUCAUAUUCUGCCCAGACAAAAAGAAAUUCCUAACAAACCCUUUGAAUAUUUGUGAUUUCCUUUCUCUGUUCCCGGUUUACAUUGAACUCUUCUUAACCGGACAUAUCAGCGAUAUGCUAAAACUCUUGUCUUGGCUGGGUUUCUUCCGGGCCCUCUACGUCGUCAAACUCCUGAAGACCUUCCGGCUCCUGGAGACCCCUUUGAUGCUGCGAGUUCUGCCCUUCACAUUCCGGUUCAUCUUGAAAGAGGCCUUCAUCCUCCUGGUGGUCUUCACCUUUGAAGUCCUUUUCUUUGGUGCCCUCUGUUAUCACGCAGAGCUCCUCAGUUCAGAACUGCACUUUGGAGGGCUGACUGACUCCUUCUACUGGGCAGCCAUCACCUUGACCACGGUCGGCUACGGAGAUGUGUAUGCGGUCACUCCCUUUGGCAAAGCCAUUGCCUGCUGCACGGCACUCUGCGGCAUCCUGACCAUCGUCAUCCCCCUCCCCAUCUUUUUGAUCAAGUUCCAGGGCUAUUAUGCCACCGCCCUGAUGAAGGAGAAGAUGAAAAGUGAGAAGAGGAGUCACUGAGAGGACCACAUCGC